AGAAAAGGGAAGAGUUUUCAGAGAUUCGAUCACUCAUGGCGAACGAAGACGACGACGGUGAGAAAUCCAGAAGUCUGCACCAACAGAUUGCUAAAAAACCCAAAACCCAGAUCGUAAUUGGUGUGCCAUCGUACCAGGAAGUUAUAGAAAGCUCACAGACGAAGUCCACGCCUCCUUCUCUCUUCAAGCCUUCCCAGAGUUUCUCUCAGGCAUUCGCUUUCGUCAAAUCGUCCGACGUCUACUCUCCUCCUCCUCCUCCGUCUUCCUCCGCCGCCUCUUCUUCGCAGCCGUCAGGCGCUUCUCAGGUGCCCAGUUCAAGCCAACCGCUUCAAACCGAUGGAGCCUCAUCUUCUUCUACUCCUGUAACUACUGGCUCUUUACCAUUAAACACAACUCAAACUCGUAACGCAAUCCUCGUUAGCCAUAGACAGAAAGGAAACCCGCUUCUUAAACAUAUCAGGAAUGUGAAAUGGGUUUUCUCUGAUAUCAUUCCAGAUUACGUGCUUGGUCAAAGCUCUUGCGCUUUGUAUUUAAGCUUGAGGUAUCAUCUGCUACAUCCGGAUUACCUCUAUUUCCGCAUUAGGGAACUACAAAAGAAUUUCAAGCUAAGUGUUGUUCUUUGCCAUGUCGACGUGGAAGAUACUGUGAAACCGUUGCUUGAAGUCACGAAAACCGCUCUACUUCAUGAUUGCACUCUAUUGUGCGCCUGGAGCAUGACAGAAUGUGCCCGUUAUUUGGAAACGAUAAAAGUCUAUGAAAACAAACCCGCAGAUCUCAUCCAAGGCCAAAUGGAUACAGAUUAUCUAUCACGGCUAAACCAUUCUCUUACAAGCAUUCGACAUGUAAACAAGAGCGAUGUAGUUACACUUGGUUCUACAUUCGGGUCUCUUGCUCAUAUAAUUGAUGCAUCCAUGGAAGAUUUAGCACGUUGUCCCGGGAUUGGCGAACGUAAGGUUAAGCGGUUGUAUGAUACAUUCCACGAGCCUUUCAAGCGUGCAACUUCAAGCUACCCGUCUGUUGUAGAACCAACAAUCCCGGAAGCUCCAGUUCAGAAGGAUGUGAGCUCAAAGGAACCUCUAGUAGAAGAUGAAGAUUUUGUGGAGGACUCGAGAAAACGCAAGAAGAAAGAGCCCGAGAAAACUGUGAAGACCGCGCUGUCAGCUGUUUUUGCUCGUUACUCUGAUAAACUUAGCACGAAAAAAGAGAAGCAAAAGGAGAAAGAUGCAACAACCGAGUCAGAUGCUGAAAUCCACCAAGAAUAACACAGUUCUGUUCAUUGGGCAAGGCCAUGGUGACCAU